GUUUUGGUUACGAUCUCAUCACAAAGAAAGAGGUUUACGUCAGUAGUUAAGAAUGAUUUAUAUAAGUAGGACUUUUAAGGAACUGUUUUUAUAAUUCUCAGUUUUUUUUUACCAAAUUUAUUGUCUGAUUGUCGAAUGGCGUGUCCUGUAAUAAUUAUGUGCUGCUACUUUUGUACAUCCUUUUCACGUCACGGUGUUCUCUGUAGUAAAUUGAAUGCAGAAUGCGUUGCCAUAAACUUAUUCUGAAUACAAUGGGUGCCAUAAAAUACUAAGUGCGAGUGAGUAUAUUCGAGUCACAGGCGUGGUGGUACGUCAACAAGCGCGGCCUUGAGUGAGCUAGUAGUGGUCCGAGUUUAUCUCCGCGCUCACGCUCACAGGCGAUACAUAUCAAUUGGUGGGUGACUGUCGCCGCGUCCAUAGGCGCCGCUUUCGCGCCACUCAGUACCCCGCCCGCUGCGACCGCGUGCCUAUCGAUUGUUUACACACAAAGAAAACCAAUAUGAACGCAUAACCGGCGUUUCGAUCAACAAGUUAUUGUGCUCAAUAACAUUCAGUGAACUCAGCAGAAAUGUUUUUCAGUGUAACGUUACUCCUUUUGAUGAUCAUAACGUUUUUAACGUUUACGUUAGCUGUUUUCCACUUUACUACAAAAGGCAGGAAAUAUUGGCAAUUGAAGAAUGUACCGUAUAAAGAGCCGUGUCCGAUAUUUGGAAAUUUCGGCCCAAUUUUCACGAUGCGAAAAAGUUACGCUAGCAUGUUGAACUACUUUUAUGACAAAUAUCGGAAUGAGAAAUAUGUGGGUAUUUUUCAAGCACGCAGGCCAACACUCAUGGUUAUCGAUAUGGAUUUGGUAAAAAGUGUAUUUUCGACAGAAUUUUCGAAUUUCAGUGAUCGCGUUUCCGCAGUUACAGAUACACAGCGUGAACCAUUACUCAGAAAUUUGGCUAACAUGAGUGGAGCAGAAUGGAAAGCCAUGCGACAUAUCGUCUCUCCUACUUUUUCGUCUGCUAAAAUGAAAGCAAUGUUUCCACUUAUAGCAGAUUGUGCACACACCAUGAAGAAAAUUCUUCUAGAAGAGGCUUCAGCAGAAGUUGAUAUUCCCAAACUUAUGUGUAGAUACACCACUGAUGUCAUCGGCAGUUGUGCUUUUGGGGUAGAUCCCGGAUCCUUAAAAAAUCCUGAUUCACCAUUUCUAAAGAUGUCAUCGAAAAUGUUCAAGCCUGAUAGAUCUACAAUUUUAAAACGUUACUGUAGAGUGUUCUUUCCUAGAUUGUUUAAGCUGUUGAAUCUCAGGAGCUAUUCACCAGAUGUAGAAAUGUUUUUCACCUCUAUCAUCAAACAAGUGUUAUCAGAAAGGCGAAAUACUGAAAUGGUGCGACAUGACUUCCUGCAAUUGAUGUUAAACGUGCAAAACAAUGAUUCUACGUUUGUUAUGACGGAUGAACUAAUAACAUCCAAUUCAUUUAUAUUUAUGCUCGCUGGUCUGGAGACAUCUUCGACUACGUUGUCGUUUUGUCUUUACGAACUAGCUAAGGACAAAGAUGUACAAGAUAGGGUUAGAAAAGAGAUAAUGCAAUACUUGACAAGUUAUGGUGCACUCAAUUACGAUUCCGUUAGCGUUAUGCGAUUCACCACACAGGCAGUAAUUGAAACAUUGCGACUGCAUCCUCCCACUCCAAUGACUACGAGGCUUUGUACAUCACCUUGUACACUCACGGGGACAGAUUUGAAGUUAAAAGUAAAAGAUCCGGUAUUGAUACCCAUAAUAUGUAUACAGAACGAUUCGAAAUAUUUUUCCAAUCCAAAUAAAUUUGAUCCAGAAAGAUUCGAUGAUGACCUAAGUCCACCAGGUUUCUUUGCAUUCGGUGAUGGACCCAGAAGUUGUCCUGGUGAACGUUUCGCCCAACUGAUAGUGGUAGCUGGAUUAGCGACAAUAUUGAGCAACUUCUCCGUAGAGCCGUGUGCUCGCACCACACCUACUAUCCAAUACGACUCGCGCAGUGUGAUGUUAAAGAACAAAGGAGGAAUAUGGCUCAGAUUCAAACCUUUAUAGAGUGUGGAAUAUAUAUUAUAUGUAACAGCUUUAACUCUAUGAAUCUACGUGUGAUUGUAUGUUUUUUUAAAUUCUGUUAUAGUCAAGUCACUUAGUUGCAGCAUGUUUAAAUUAUUAUCGGCGUUCUUAUUUUUUUAUAGAAUAUGAACCCUUUUUAUAUACCUAAAGGUAAUUUAUCAGGUGCUAUUAUUUUGUACUUAAGAUUAAGUGGUCGAUAUUAUUUUAUUAUCUUCCAUUAAUAGAAAUCAACGUCAUUGUAUGAGCGCAAGGUUUGUAGUGUGUAUUGUGACCGUAAGGCAUGAGUAAUUAACUUUCAGUGGUAUGUUAAUUAUGUGUAAUAUUUUCAAGUAUCACUAUAUCGACCGCCACAACUCCUGUGUCACCGGCCUUUGCUACUUAAGUAAUUUAUUCGGAUAUUUGGCCGGCUAAAGUGUAUUUAUAAAUAAGUUAUUUAUAAAUUAGUUAUAAAUAUGUAUUAUCGGUAAUGCAUAUUAUUUGUAAAUUGAUUCUAAUAUAAUUUUAGGGGCUUAAACAAAGUGGAUAAAAGCAUAUCAUAAAUGUUUAAGUUAUAUAUUAAAAAUGUGAAAUUAAUCUCAGUGUUUCAACAGUUUUUAUUAAAGGUUAUGUCCUUUUUUUUAUAGAUAGUUUAAGUUGAUACUAUGU